ACGACACUAAACUACGACUCCGAGUGUGACAUUACCUGGUCUUAGCGUAAACUACAGUAUUCUCUUCACCACAGGCUCGUUGCGGAGAUUCUUGCCCAAUUCUACCAAACGAAACAAUUCACUAUUCGACAUUAGUGUUCUAAGCUAUACCGACAAUUAUGGGUAGAUUGCUUAAAAUGAUCGUUACAUUGUCCGUGGUUGCUUUGAUAUGGCAAAGCAGCAAUGCAUUUCGUAUGCACGUGGGGAACCGGAACUCACCUCUCUUGUCACAAGUUUGGGACUUCGGACAUCAUGCCAACGAAUUUUGGAACUGGUAUCCAUGGCAACAGUUUAAAGAUCCGUUCAUAUCAAACUUUCAUAACGACCUGUUUGGAAAUUCCUUCAAACUCCAUAACUCAUUGGUAGCAGAGAAUCCAAAGGGUGUUGAAAGUGGUGACCGAGUAAGGGAUGUGCAAAAUGUCCAGACCAGAUGCGGCUGCUGUAAUUCCCAGAAUGGAGAUAAUAAAGGACAGAAAAGUCUAAAUCUAAGGAGUGAAAAAGAGGCAGUGGAAGAAAGGCAGAGAGAAGUUGCCAGACAACAAGAAGUUGAAAGACUUCGUCUUGAAAAUGAGAGACAGCAGAAACAGCUUGAAGAAGAGAAACACAAACUACUCAGGCGCCAACAAGAAAUUGAACAGGAGCUUAUUCAGCGAAAACAAUUAUCACAACAACAAGAACUUGAAAUGGAGAGACAACGCAAAGAGGCUCUAAGACGCGAGAUGGAAGAGAAGAAACAAAGACAAGCCCAAAUAAAUAAACUGGAACGUCAGAGACAACGUGAAAUUAAACAACAAGAGUUAGCGCAUCAACAGGAACUUGAAAUGGAAAGACGACACAUGGAGGAGUCAAGAAAAGAAAGAGAAGCAAACAAACAGAGACAAGAACAAAUCAGAAAACAAGAAAUUGAAAGACAAAGACAACUUGAACUUCAGAGGCAACGUGAAUUACAUAGACAAAGAGAACAGAAAUCUAGAAUGGGACAUGAAAAGACACAAAAUCAAAGAAAUGAUAACUUCAGAAACCAACCAAAUGGACACCAGCAACAUGGUUCCAAACCAGCAGGAAGAAAAGUUGAAGUUGUAUCCCUCAUGAUGAAAGACUAUGAUCCGGAGGAUUUUACAAUAACAACACAUGGCAACAUACUGUCACUUGAAGGAAAGCAUGAAUGUAGAUGCCAUGAAAACUGUUUUGAAAGGGAGCUCAGUAGAAGGAUUGUACUUCCUCAGGGGAUUGAUACAGGAAGUCUGAGUGCAAACUAUCAAAAAGAUGGAACCUUGAAAAUAGAGGGAUUACAAUAUCAUCAUCACAUUCCUUUAAUUGAUUCCAAAUUAUUAGUAAAAGGUGAAGGGAUCCAAAGAAAAUCUGAUGCAAAAUGCAAUAAUCUUAAAUCUGGGAUAAAACUGAAAAAGAUGAACAAAGCAACUGGUAUAGUUAUGGAUGAUGUUCCUAUGGCGACGAGUAAAACACCAAGAUUUGAAAAAGAACACAAUGAUGAUGGUAUCACUAUUGAAGUGGUCGACGAACACUAUUAA